AUGACAGCCAAGCAGACAGAGCCAGUCACGAUCAUCAGCCUUCGGGAGCUGAACCUAGCGACCCCAGAGCCACGGCCGAGAGAGUCAAAGACGUUCACCGUGGAAGAAGCCGUGGAGACCAUCGGCUUCGGACGUUUCCACAUUGCCCUGUUUCUGAUCAUGGGCAGCACAGGGGUUGCCGAGGCCAUGGAGAUCAUGUUAAUAGCGGUUGUGUCUCCUGUCAUCCGCUGUGAAUGGCAGCUGGAGAACUGGCAGGUGGCACUCGUGACCACAAUGGUGUUUUUCGGCUACAUGGUAUUCAGCAUCCUCUUUGGCCUCUUGGCUGACAGAUAUGGCCGCUGGAAGAUUUUGUUCAUCUCGUUCCUGUGGGGAGCUUACUUCUCCUUGCUGACUUCAUUCUCUCCAUCGUACAUCUGGUUUGUCUUCCUGCGAACCAUGGUGGGCUGUGGCGUGUCUGGCCAUUCACAAGGGCUAAUCAUAAAGACUGAAUUCUUGCCUACAAAAUAUCGAGGCUACAUGCUCCCCUUGUCUCAGGUUUUCUGGCUGGCUGGAUCCCUGCUCAUCAUUGGCUUGGCCUCUGUGGUCGUCCCCACCAUCGGGUGGCGCUGGCUUAUCCGCAUUGCCUCCAUCCCUGGCAUCAUCCUCAUCAUGGCCUUCAAGUUUAUUCCUGAAUCUGCGCGGUUCAAUGUCUCCACCGGGAACACUCAGGCUGCCCUGGCUACACUGGAUCGCAUCGCCAAGAUGAACCGCUCAGUCAUGCCGGAGGGGAAGCUGGUGGAGCCCAUCCUGGAAAAGAGAGGAAGAUUUGCAGACUUAUUGGAUGCUAAAUAUUUACGGACCACGUUACAGAUCUGGGUCAUAUGGCUGGGCAUCUCUUUUGCCUACUACGGGGUCAUCCUGGCCAGUGCCGAGCUGCUGGAGCGGGACCUAGUCUGUGGCUCACGGUCUGAGUCUGAGGUGGCUGUGACCGUGGGGGUCUUGGAGGAGAGCCAGAGCCCCUGUUACUGCCACAUGUUCGCCCCCUCCGACUACAGGACCAUGAUUAUCAGCACCAUUGGCGAAAUUGCUUUGAAUCCUUUAAACAUCCUGGGCAUUAAUUUCCUUGGGAGACGGCUGAGCCUUUCUAUUACCAUGGGAUGUACGGCUUUAUUCUUCCUGCUCCUCAAUAUUUGCACCUCAAGUGCCGGCCUCAUCGGCUUCCUCUUCAUGCUGAGGGCUCUGGUGGCAGCCAACUUCAACACCAUCUACAUUUACACUGCUGAGGUCUACCCCACGACGAUGCGUGCUUUGGGGCUGGGGACCAGCGGUUCCCUGUGUCGCAUUGGAGCAAUGGUGGCACCAUUUAUAUCCCAGGUUCUUAUGAGUGCAUCAUUCCUGGGGGCCCUGUGUCUCUUCUCAUCUGUCUGUGUGGUAUGUGCCAUUUCUGCAUUUACUCUCCCCAUUGAGACCAAAGGUCGGGCCCUACAGGUAAGUGAUGUGGGAAUCUAA